GGCCGAAGGACGCGGCGGCGCGCGCGACGUGGCGGCUCGGUGCCGGGUAACCGGUUUUCCCUUCUGGUCCAGGCGGCAUCCGGCUGAUGAGCAGGGUGGAGAGGCCACCGGGGCCGGAGGGGGCGCAGGCGCAGACCUGCGAAUCAGAGGAUGAUGAUAUGGCCCAAGGCGAUUUAGGGUAUGGCCUCGGAAGAAUGCCCGGCAGUGCUUAUGAAGGGCAAAUUUCACCUUUAUUUACAUCUAGAAAAAGAUCAGAUGAAAGGAACUUUAGCCCUCUCCCAUUUCCAGGAAAGGGGGAAGAAAGAAGUGGCGCCAUUUUUCAAUAUUCCAGGACUAAGAUCUUGGAAGCUGCACGCCUUGAAGGGUCCAGAAUCUCCCAUCCCAGACAACUGAGCAGCCAGGAUCCUAAUUCAGAAUUAUCAAGUGUAGAAUUAAAGCAACGUCUUGAUGAAACAUUAGAGGAGGUAGAAAUUUUAAAAACUGAGCUUGAGGCAUCCCAAAGACAACUUGAAGCUAAAGAGGAAGCACUGAAAAUUCUUCAAAGCAUGGCAAUAUUUGGCAAAGCCACAAGUCAUACCCAGGUGCUACUUCAAAAAACUGUGGAACAAAAGAGAUCCUUGGAGAAGGAAAUAAAUGCCUUGCAGUGGAAAAUAGAAUUUGACCAGAAUAGAUUUAAAAAUAUAGAGGAAUCUUGGACCCAAAAGUUUGACAGGCUAAACUGUGAAAAUGCAGUCCUCAAAGAAACUUUGAAACUAAAAACAGAAGAAAUUAAAAUGCUGAAGUCUGAAAAUGCACGUUUGAAUCAACAGUAUCUGGAAGCCCUUGCGAUGCUUGAUGUCAAACAGCAGAAGAUGGUUCAGGAAACCACAUGCAAUGAUAAAAGUGACUUUGCAGAGGUUUCAGGUCUUGAGCUCACAGUCCUUGGAGCCUGCCUUUGUCUUGGUCCUGGAGGGAGCCCCUGUUCCUGCGCCCAAAUGGCAGCGUCUGCUCAGAAGAUGCUUCUCCAGCUCAAACAAGAGCUGGAUCUUUUGCAGAAGAGUAAAGAAGAAGCAUACAUAAUGGCAGAUGCAUUCAGAAUUGCAUUUGAGCAACAAUUAAUGAGGAAAAAUGACCAGGCACUAAGAUUGACACAAAUGGAUAAAAUGUGUAAAAAAGAAACAAAAUGGAUAAACUGGAAGCAAGUUAAAGAGGAUGGAUUGCUAUCACAAAGGACUAAGAAGACCUUAGGGCAGAAACUGAUGCGGAUGCUCCCUUCAGAAAACAGUUCUAAGAGGACUGAAGACCAGGACAAUCCUCGGGAAGUCUUUAAGAUGCUAAUAGAUUUGCUGAAUGAUAAAGAAGAAGCUUUGGCUCAUCAAAGAAAAGUUAGUUACAUGCUUGCUCGGGCGUUGGAAGAUAAAGCCACUGGCUCAAAAGGGAAUAAAGGAAAAAAUCCCACAAAAGACAGUUUUCCAUUAAAACUCCCCCAGCAGAAAACUACAGAAUUCUCUGUUUUGCGUGAUUCUGUACCUUCAAGUGUUCGAAUUUUGAAUUCUGUGGGCUGUAUCUGUUCAAUCCAGCAUCUUCAUACAGGUCAAAAUCGCACAAGAACUCUGAAAAGAUCCCAUUCUUUGCCAUCAAAUAUCAUGUUUUGAAGACAACCCAGUUGAAAUUAGAACCGAGAACUGUUUGUAUCAAGAGACUUUGAAAAAAGAUUGCGUAAACAUUGCUACAUCUUCAGAAGCUGUAUGUUUUCUGGUUAUUUCUAGAUUUUAGAAGGCAGCUUAAAUACUCAAAUGUUUUCUACAAGAAUUUAUUAGUACUCUGUGUAGACUAUUUUAUUUAUAAAAUACAUUACUAUAUUUUAUAAAAUUUUCAGUAUUUACCAACAAUUUAAAAACAAAAAUAUUAUUGUAUUGGGUUGGCCAAAAAGUUUUUUUUCCCUGUUAGAUGGCUCUAGUAGUGCUUAGUUGUUUUUAACUUCAUUUGAAACAAUUUUGUUAGAUUGUAUUGUGACAGCUGUCAUAUCAGUGUGCAUUAAAAAAAACCUAUCAAAAUUGGUGAAUUUUUAUGUAGCCAUUUUAAUAUUGAAGAUGGAAGAAAAUCCAUCACAUUUUUGACAUAUUAUGCUUUAUUAUUUCAAGAAAGGUAAAAUUGCAACAGAAAUGCAGAACAAGAUUUGUACAGUGUAUGUAGGAGGUACUGUGACUGAUGGUUAAAAGUGGUUUGUGACGUUUCCUGCAGGAGAUUUGUAACUGGACAAUACUCCACAGUCUGUUAGACCAGUUGAAAUUGAUAGUGAGCAAACUGAGACAUAAAUUGAAAACAAUCAUGCUAUAUAACACGGGAGAUAGCAGACAUACUCAAAAUAGCCAAAUCAAUAAAGUUAUUAGUGAAAGUGAAAAAUUUGUCUUUUUAUUUUAUGGAGAAAAACCAAAUGAACUUUUGGCCAACCCAAUAUUUUGAGAAAAACAAAAAUUAUUUAACUAUUUAGAUUGACUGUGGGGAUCUUUGGCUCAAGCACCAAUACAAUGUAAAUGAAUGCUCUAAGAAAUAAC